GUUUCAGGAGACAGAAUUUCCUCCCAUUCAUGAAUUUUAUAGUACUCUUAAAAGUAAAAUCUCACAAGAUGAUUACAAACACGCUCAGAAAGUAUGGAAGAAAUUCAGAUGUAAAAAUCUAGGUAAAUACUAUGAUCUCUAUCUUAAAACUGAUAUACUUAGUCUAGCAGAUAUCUGGACAGAGUUUCAAAAAAUGUCUAUAGAAUAUUAUGAACUUGAUCCCAGUCACUAUGUUUCUGCCUCAUCACUAUUCUGGAAUGGUAUGCUUAAGAUAUCAGGAGUUAGGAUUGAACUUUUUACAGAUAUGGCCAUGCAUGAUUUUAUCGAAAAAGCUAAACAUGGUGGUAUAUCUAUAGCCUGUCAACGAUAUUUUAAGGCCAAUAAUCCUAAGAUAGGAAAGGAAUUUA